GCACUGAUUCCAUUGGGAUACAUAGACUCUCGGCUACUGAGCGAACGUGGGCUGAGUAAGGAGUUUGGACUUACGGAGUGGACCAUAAGCAAACGAAAUGGCUUGGAUUUUAUUAGAACUCAUCUUCAUCGCGCCAGUGCUUAAGUUGGGUCUUUGUGUUACCGGAUCCAGGGUUUACCCUGCCAGCGAAGUGACAUUGCUGGAUUCAAGGUCUGUUCAAGGAGAACUCGGCUGGGUAGCAAGUCCAGCAGAAAGUGGGUGGGAGGAAGUGAGUAUUAUGGAUGAGAAGAACACUCCAAUACGCACAUACCAGGUCUGCAAUGUGAUGGAGCCGAGUCAGAACAACUGGUUGCGGACAGACUGGAUCCCCAGUGGUGGAGCCCACCGUAUCUACAUAGAAAUCAAAUUCACCCUCCGGGACUGCAACAGCCUGCCAGGUAUGACAGGCACUUGCAAAGAGACCUUUAACUUAUAUUACUAUGAAUCAAACAAUGAUAAGGAGCGCUAUAUCCGUGAGAGCCAGUUCACCAAGAUCGACACAAUAGCAGCUGAUGAGAGCUUCACUCAGGUUGACAUUGGUGAUCGCAUCAUGAAACUUAAUACUGAGAUCAGGGAUGUUGGGCCCUUGACUCGAAAAGGGUUUUACCUUGCCUUCCAGGAUGUAGGGGCAUGCAUUGCCCUAGUGUCAGUGCGUGUAUUUUUUAAAAAGUGUCCUCUGACUGUUCGCAACCUUGCCCAGUUUCCAGAUACCAUAACUGGUGCUGACACCUCCUCCCUUGUGGAGGUUCAGGGCUCCUGUGUGAAUAAUUCGGAGGAGAAGGAUGUUCCUAAGAUGUACUGUGGAGCGGAUGGAGAGUGGCUGGUGCCCAUUGGUAACUGCCUAUGUAAUGCUGGGUUUGAAGAAAAGAAUGCAGAGUGUGAAGCCUGUAAAAUUGGAUAUUACAAGGCCCUGUCUACAGAUGCCACCUGCUCUAACUGCCCACUGAACAGUUAUUCCACUCAGGAGGGAUCUACAUUCUGUACCUGUGACAGGGGUUAUUUCCGAGCAGAAAAUGACCCUGCUUCUAUGCCUUGUACACAGCCUCCCACUGCACCUCAGAACCUCAUCUCCAAUGUAAAUGAGACUUCUGUGAACCUGGACUGGAGACCUCCAAAGAGAAAUGGUGGGCGAGAUGAUAUCUCCUACAAUGUGGUAUGCAAAAAGUGUGGUACAGAUCUCAGCCGCUGUCGUCCUUGUGGAAGUGGGGUACAUUUCAUCCCUCAGCAGACUGGCCUAAAGAACCCCCGAGUAUCCAUUACAGAUCUUCAGGCUCACACUAAUUAUACUUUUGAGGUCUGGGCCAUAAAUGGGGUAUCCAAACAGAACCCCAGCCCCCUGCAGGCAGUUUCUGUCACUGUGACAACAAAUCAAGCAGCACCCUCUGCAGUGAAUGUGAUUCAGGCUAAAGAAAGAACCAGGCACAGCAUUUCACUGACUUGGCCUCAGCCUGAGAGAACUAACGGAGUCAUACUAGAAUAUGAAGUCAAGUAUUAUGAAAAGGAUCAGAAUGAUCGCAGUUAUCGGAUUGUCAAAACAGCUACAAGAAAUGCGGAGAUUACUGGCUUAAACCCCCUAACUGUUUAUGUGUUUCAUGUUCGUGCUAGAACAGCUGCUGGUUAUGGCGAAUUUAGUGGGCCCUUUGAGUUCAUGACUAAUACAGUGCCCUCUGCAAUCAUUGGCGAAGGAGCGAAUCCUACGGUGUUGUUGGUAUCAGUGGCUGGCAGUGUUGUACUUCUGAUCAUUCUGAUAGCUGCAUUUGUCAUCAGCAGGAGGAGGAGUAAAUACAGCAAGGCUAAACAAGAUGCAGAUGAGGAGAAACACUUACAUCAAGGUGUGAGAACAUAUGUAGAUCCCUUCACUUAUGAAGACCCAAAUCAAGCCGUUCGAGAAUUUGCAAAAGAAAUUGAUGCUUCCUGUAUUAAAAUAGAAAAAGUAAUCGGAGUAGGUGAAUUUGGAGAAGUAUGCAGUGGGCGACUGAAAAUGCCAGGGAAGCGAGAAAUAUGUGUGGCGAUCAAAACCCUGAAAGCUGGAUAUACUGACAAACAAAGGAGAGACUUCCUGAGUGAAGCAAGCAUCAUGGGACAGUUUGACCAUCCAAAUAUAAUCCAUUUGGAAGGUGUUGUCACAAAAUGUAAACCAGUUAUGAUCAUAACAGAGUACAUGGAAAAUGGUUCCUUGGAUGCAUUCCUCAGGAAAAAUGAUGGCAGAUUUACAGUAAUUCAGUUAGUUGGAAUGCUUCGAGGAAUUGCUUCUGGAAUGAAGUACUUGUCUGACAUGAGUUAUGUUCAUCGGGAUCUUGCUGCCCGAAACAUCCUUGUCAACAGCAACCUUGUGUGCAAGGUGUCAGAUUUUGGCAUGUCCAGAGUAUUGGAAGAUGAUCCAGAGGCUGCCUAUACCACCAGGGGGGGUAAAAUUCCCAUCAGAUGGACAGCUCCAGAAGCAAUUGCUUACCGGAAAUUUACCUCUGCCAGUGAUGUAUGGAGCUAUGGAAUUGUUAUGUGGGAAGUGAUGUCCUAUGGCGAACGACCUUACUGGGAUAUGUCAAAUCAAGAUGUAAUUAAGGCCAUUGAAGAAGGCUAUCGCUUGCCCUCACCUAUGGACUGCCCCUUGCCUCUUCAUCAGCUGAUGCUUGAUUGCUGGCAGAAGGAACGCAGUGACAGGCCUAAGUUUGGACAGAUUGUUAACAUGCUGGAUAAACUCAUCCGUAAUCCCAACAGUUUGAAGAGAAUCGGCCAUGAGAGUUCCAGGCACAAUACAGCUUUGAUGGACCCCAGCUCCCCUGAAUGUUCUACAGUGUCUUCUGUUGGAGACUGGCUCCAGGUUAUCAAAAUGGAAAGAUAUAAGGAUAACUUCACCGCUGCUGGUUACACCAUGUUGGAGGCUGUCUUGCACAUGACCCAAGAUGAUUUAACAAGAAUUGGAGUAACAGCUGCUUCACAUCAGAACACUAUUCUGAAUAGUGUCCAGGGAAUGUUGUCCCAAAUGCAACAGAUGCAAGGCAGGAUGGUUCCUGUCUGAAACAAAACUGAAAAAAACAAACUCUUAAAACUUAGUUUACCUCAUCCAUGCACUUUAAUUGAAGAACUGCACUUUUUUUUACUUCAUCCUUGCCCUUUGAUAUAAACAUGUGUUGUCUGCAGUGCUGCUUGGCCUACUAACUGGUAAGCCUUAGGGCUCAUUGUCACCAUAACCCAGGAGGAAAGUGGAUCUAAUAAAACUUAAAAAUGACCUGCCUUGAAAUAGAUCUGUAAUUCCUAAAAGUGAAAACAAAUGUAUACAGAUCUAUCUAUCCUCUUAGUGCUGACAGACACUGUGCUCACAAAGACUUCUUUGAAAAGGAGUCAAUGAAAAUAUUGUUUAUUUGUGAGAUAAACCAUGGAGGUGCAGCUGGAACAAGGCAUCUCCCCAAGACAUUCCAGUUGAGUUACUCCCUGCAUGCAGUGCAAUGCAACUUUGACAAAGGAGCCAUUAUGAGACUGUCAUAGGCUUAUGAGAACUUUUAAUUGCUGAGUUUGCCUCUCCUUUGAGAUUGAACAGACUGCCUUGUGGAUUACUGUUUACAGGAUUUGAGAGUGGAACACAUGCCUGUGUAUUAAAGACAUCUGGUAACUUCUACAGACCGCAUUGAAAGAACUCCGUCUCUCUCAUUCUAGCAUGGAAUUUCCAGACAAAAUAAUCAGAAAAAAGAAGUAGAAAUGGCUGGGAAACAUUGACUGAUAAACUCUGAAAAAAAAUCUUUUUCAUAUUGAAAGUGGAGAAGUCACAAUUUUGUAUUUAGAUGAAAGGACUCUUUGUCAACCAGUUUUGUCACUACAGAUGAAGGAAAACAGAAGAAUUUCUAAACUAUGGUUCAUUCUGCCAGUUAAAAUGUGGUUUGGAAUAAAGCAACAGUAUCGGCAGCAUAUUCCUUGAAGAACUUCUACAGAGAUUCAUUCCAAAAGAAUCAUGCAAUACUGGACUUUAACGCAUUCACAAGAAUGUUGUGCUGAAUAACAGAGUUAGCCUACACAUUGUGUUCUCAUACUUUAAUUCUGUGUACAACGUGUGUGUGUGUGUGUGUGUGUUUGUGUGUGUGUGUGUGUGUGUGUGUGUGUGCGUGUUUAACCAAUGGGAGGUCUGCAUAAUUUCUAAAAUUAUAUCCGCUCCAUUAUGAAGGAACAGUUGUUUGAAUGUUUCACUUUAUAUAUACUGGAUACUAAACUGUUUUGUAAACAGUGAAACUGUGUUAUUGAUGAUGUAUGUACAUGAUGAGUUGAAACACGCAGAGUUUUUAAAGAAACAAUAUAAUGCGAUGAGCCAGUGGAAAAUGCAAAGACGUUUGAGAAUGGCAGAGACUGAGUUCCCUGAAAAAAAAAAAAAAAAAACAUGUAUGCCAGCUACUAAAGGUAGAAAAUCAGAUGUUGCAUUUCAUGAAAAAGCACUGAAGGAUUAGAUAUUGUGACGUCUAUGUUUAUGAAAACCACAAACAUCCCAUUAAGGUUAUUGGCCACUCCCUUUUUACACAAAAAAAAGACACUGUUACUCAGCAAAUCCAGAUAUGAUCCCAUCUGUUUAAUUAUGGAUGAAGUCACACAGGAUUACUUCUGAAAGGCAGAUCCUGGAAGUCAGUUGCUAGUAUAUGUAUAAUGUCUUUGUCUUGGAUCCAUUUUAUGGACUUCUGCUAUAGUAGAUGUAAGAUGGAUCUGGUAACAGCAAUCUGUAGUAUAACUGUAUACACACAAUUCUCUGUUAAACACAAUGUCAGAGCAACUUUUUCAUUUUCAUUGCCAGAAGUGAGUAAGUUUUAAAUUCUUGUCCAGCUACAGAAAAUGAAGAGUACAUCUAUUUUUUGUAUCACUACAACUAUUGUAAUGGAAUAUGCAAGGACUGUGGAUAAAAUUUAGAAUGUAUGAGGCAUAUUAUAAUUUAGUUUAUAUUGGAAACUCUUAGAAUAUGUUGGCUCAUACAUACAUUUGGAAGACCUUUGCUUUUGACAUUUAGAUCAUUUUGUUCUUUCAGUUUUUUUUUGGCUUCUCGGUUUCUAGGUACACAUAACUUAUGACAUUUAUUUAUGGUCUUUUAUACCUAGUUUGUACAAAUUGUAAAAUAGUGAACUGAAUGCAGCUGAGCAUUCAAAAUAAAAGUAGCUGCUGUAUAGA